AUGUCAUACAUAUUUUUAGUGACUUUGAUUGGUAUUCAAAAGUUAUCCGAGAGUUGUAUUCCGACACAACAAAUCGAUGUAACUAGUGAGUUUAUCUUUUCCCGUCAGCUGACAUAUUUUUUCAGAAAUUUCUGUGAGCUUUUGAAUUUCGAAAUUUUGCCAUUCUUGAAAAUUUCCGCAACGAAUGAAUCUACUUGAAUGUUUUAAACAUUUUUUUCAAAUGUUCAGCCACUACUCCGACCACUACAACAACAACAACACCACUCUAUGAAUGUGUUGAUUCGACAUGGACAAAAUUCGAUAGAGGCACAUAUUUUUGGUGUAUGAAAAUUUUCAUUGAAGGAAUAUUGGCUCAAGAAGCUGUUAUGUAUUGUGCAAUGUUGAAUAGUGCAGCAGUUCCAAGUGGUAAAUUAUAAACCGAAGACUAAAUUCACCAAUUCUUGUAUUUAUAGGAUUUCAAAAUUCUGGUGAAGUAACAACAAUGAUGAAUGUAGCAAGAGGAACUACUGGUGGAACAAAUGCUCGUUUAACAAUUGGAGCAUAUCGAAGAGCAGCCUGUGAAGGUGUAAUUGGAGUUGAUGCAAGUUGCACACAACUCAACUCUUUUUAUUGGACAGAUGGCUAUACGAGUGGAACUACACAACAUGUCAAACAGCAAUCGGUGAGAGUGAAAGAGACGAAAAGAUAUUGAAAUCGCGCGUGAUCUACAGCGAUUUACAUUUGCGGGUCUAGGAUUUGUGAAAUUUAGAAAUAGGCUUCAGCUUGACUUUUGAGAAUUCAUUCUUGAACUUUCACUGUACAAAGCGACUAAAAGUCAUCCUCAAUUUUUUUCGAAACAAAAAAUGUUUAGCAACCGCAAUUUCAAAAAUUAUGGAUUUUCAGACCCACAAAUUUUUAAUGUACCUUUGAUCUAUUUUUCUCUAAGUCUUCUUCACUCUCACCGAUUGCCAAUUUUCAUUGGGCUGACAUGAUGUGACUAAUGGAUUUGUUUGGAGAAGUGGAUCACCAGAUAAUUCUGGAGGAGCUUCGAUUCCACAAAUGUAUAUGAUUGUUGAUUCAACUGAUGAUAAAAUGGAUGAUGCUUAUGGUGGUGAUUAUUAUGAAGGAGCUGUUUGUGGAAUGUUAGCUAUGGCUGUUUAA